AUGGAAACGACAUCAGAAAACGAUAUAGUCUUUGACCAGUUAGAUACCGACAAGAAUCAGCUUAUUACAUUUGAAGAAUUUUACAAAGGAAUAGAACCGUACAUCCAUGCAGAAGAUAUCAAACCUCUUCGCCUCUUUUUUUCUUUAGCAGACACAGACUCCAAUGGUUCUAUCAACAAAGAGGAGUUCUCGAAAUUAUUUGAUGUCUUUGAGACAAUGGGGAGUGGGUCUCAGGUUGAUAUGUACACCGCCUUUUUUGCUCUUGCCGAUUCCAAUAAAGAUGGCGUCUUAGAAAUCGACGAACUUCGAAGGUUCUUAAAUUCUACUGGUUUCGCUUCUUCAAGAAAAGAAGCAAACAAACUUCUUUUGGAAUUCGAUAAAAACAGUGAUGGUGUUCUUCAACUUUCAGAGUUCUUAGCUAUUUUCAUAGACAAGAAAUAA